AUGAGCUCCCCCGGCGCGGAGGGCGCGGGCAAGCCCCCUCAGUACCGCGUGGAUCACCUGCUGAGCGCCGUGGAGAGCGAGCUGCAGGCGGGCAGCGAGAAGGGGGACCCCACGGAGCGGGAGCUGCGCGUGGCGCUGGAGGACAGCGACCUGUGGCUGCGCUUCAAGGAGCUCACCAACGAGAUGAUCGUCACCAAGAACGGCAGGAGGAUGUUCCCGGUGCUGAAGGUGAGCGUGUCGGGGCUGGACCCCAACGCCAUGUACUCCUUCCUGCUGGACUUCGUGGCGGCCGACGGGCACCGCUGGAAGUACGUGAACGGGGAGUGGGUGCCGGGCGGGAAGCCGGAGCCGCAGGCGCCCAGCUGCGUCUACAUCCACCCCGACUCGCCCAACUUCGGCGCGCACUGGAUGAAGGCGCCCGUCUCCUUCAGCAAAGUCAAACUCACCAACAAGCUCAACGGCGGCGGGCAGAUCAUGCUGAACUCCCUGCACAAGUACGAGCCACGGAUUCACAUAGUGCGGGUGGGUGGCCCGCAGCGGAUGAUCACCAGCCAUUCCUUCCCAGAAACCCAGUUUAUAGCUGUGACAGCCUACCAGAACGAGGAGAUCACAGCUUUAAAAAUUAAAUACAAUCCGUUUGCAAAGGCAUUUCUUGAUGCAAAAGAAAGAAGUGAUCACAAAGACAUGAUGGAGGAAGUGGGAGACAACCAACAGUCUGGAUAUUCACAGUUAGGUAGCUGGCUUAUUCCUGGGAGUGGGGCUCUGUGCCCACCUGCCAAUCCUCACGGCCAGUUUGGAGGCCCGCUGUCGCUGUCCCCUGCCCACAGCUGUGAGAGGUACUCAUCGCUGAGGAGCCACCGGCCCGCGCCCUACACCAGCCCCUACACGCACAGGAACAACUCCCCAACAGCCUAUGCUGACAACUCCUCUGCCUGCCUGUCCAUGCUGCAGUCCCAUGACAACUGGUCUUCUCUGGGAGUUACUACACACACAGCCAUGCUGCCCAUGGGUCACAGCACUGGCACAGCUACCAGCUCCAGUCAGUACCCCAACCUGUGGUCUGUGAGUAACAGCACCAUCACGCCGGUGUCCCAGCCGAGCGGGAUGUCCAACGGGCUGAGCUCCCAGUUCCUGCGUGGCUCUCCAGGACACUACUCUGCUCUGCCCCACCCCGUGCCGGCAGCCUCCUCUGCCUCCCCCCUGUACGAUGGCACCGCGCCCGCCGAGCUGCCCGAGAGCCAGUAUGACACCUCUGCACAUGCCAGGCUGGCAUCCACAUGGACACCUGUCACCUCCCCUUCCAUGUAAACACAGGCCUCUCCCUCUGAGACACUUUUAGCUACUGAAUUACUUUAGAUGCUUGAUCCUCAAGGAGGAGAAAGAGGAGACGUGAAGGAAACUGCAACCAAAAAGCAUCUGCACUGCUCUGCAUAGAGCAUCCACAUUAUACCUCUUAUAGUGAACAGUGCAUCACUGACUUCAUGUAGAGUUUACAAACCUGGUGAGUGUGCAAUUCUGAGAGCAGAUUCACUGCUUUUAAUAUUUUUUUUCUUUUUUAGAGGUUGAUAGACCUAAGUUUUAAAAUUUUUUACUUGGAUUCCAAAUUUCUUGGUGUUCUGAUAUAUUUGGACCUGAAAUUUGGCAUCGUUCUUGAGUAAGUUACUCCUAACUGUUUUUCAGUUAAUUUUUUUAAAUGGCAAACUUAGCUAUAGUCAUGAGAAGAUUUUUAUUAACCAACUAGUUAGAAGCAUUCUGAAAU